AGACAUUCUAAUUAAAUUAGAAUGUUCGCUUGAUUAAUUCAUUGUUACCAAUCUAUAUGGAUUCGACAUUUGUCAUUAAAAACGAUUGUCACGUUUAAGUUGACUGACAGUUAUAAUAAAGUUGCCUUUUUAUUCAGACAUACUACCAUGAAAUUCGGAAGAUUUUGUCUUGCAGUUGCUGUAUUAGGUCACGUUCUAUGCUUGGUAGCAACAUCAUUUAGUCAGGUGGAGGAGAAGCCAAAAAAUAUUACCCAUGAUUGGGCAAAGAGUCGACAGAAACGUUUUCUAAUUUUCCCAACUCAAGCUGCUCACAAGUUUCUUAUCAGUCUGGCUCUGACUAUCGACUUGGGUGACAAAACAGCAUGGAGAUCAUUAUCGGGUGCAUGGAAUUUUCAAUGGCAGCAUAUGCUGCCAUUGACAGUCCUCCAUUGGUGGAACAGCACCUAUUUUCCGGCCAAGUCUCGUUCAAUAACAGGUACAGCAACUUUACCUUUGUCUCUAUCAACGUCAUCUGCAGCCACAGCAACAGCUUCCCAAGAGCCAACAGAUCUGACAGCAACUUUUCUCUAUGCCAUGAUUGAAAACUAUAUGAAUAAUAAAGGCAUGAAUGGCAGGGAAUGUCUGCAGAGGGCAAUUUGUGAGAAUGCCCAGGUACAUUUUGUUGGAGGUGUACUUGACCAUGUCUACAAGCGAUUGCUGACACCUGAACGUUCGAUGGAGGAAUAUUAUAAGGACUCAUUUACGAUGGGCUCGAAAGGUGCUGAUUGCUUGAAAACCUUCUAUGGCUGCCCGAAAGGUGAGAGUGUAUUCGAUCAUUUUGUUCGAAUGGAAGAUGUUGAGUGAUGAUGGAAAAUAAAAAAUAAAAAAAAAAAUAAAAUUACU